AUGUUUGCCGGUAUCAACGUGUACGGUUGGUCAUCGGCUGGUGUCAACCAUAUUCUCAUAUUCGAAAUCGAUCCACGUAAUCAUUUAACUUAUCAACAAUUACUUGAAAUCGGUGCAUGUCUCUGCGUGUUCUGGUGUCUCAGCUUUAUUGCUUUCAUUCUUACCUCUUACUUCGAUUUUUAUCCAUUUGUUCAACCGUUAGUGUUCGUCUUACUGAUGGCUAUUUUUCUCGUUAACCCAGCACCGAUAUUCUAUCGGCCAGCUCGCUAUUGGCUUCUACGAACAGUAGGAUUGAUCUUUUCCAGCGCCUUUCAUCGUAUUCACUUUGCAGAUAAUUGGCUUUGUAAUCAAUUAACCUCGAUUGAAUUAGCCUUUUUCGAUCUCGAAUACUUCUUUUGCUUUUAUUUCUCUAAUCAUCAAUGGUGGUCGACAAGACUAACGUCCUCUUCAAAGCCCGAACACGCUUUUUGUACCGGUUGGUCACGCUUUCUUCUCCAAGCAUGUCUACUUGCCACACCAUCUCUACUUCGUCUAACUCAAUGUCUCCGACGAUAUUAUGAUACUAAACUAAAAUUUCCACAUCUAGUCAAUGCGACCAAAUAUUUUGCGAGCACUUGUGUAGCAAUCACAAAUUCUCUUAGACGUGGAACACUCGCUCUGAAUAAAAAUCAAUCGAAUAAUCCCACGAAAAAUCCGUUUGUUUAUACAUGGAUUAUCGCUGCAUUCAUCAAUUCAACUUUCAAAGUUAUAUGGGAUAUUAAAAUGGAUUGGGGAUUAUUUCAUAAGAAUGCCGGUGAGAAUCGAUUUCUUCGCGAUCAUAUUAUCUAUCCAUCAAAGAAGUAUUAUUACUACGCGAUGGUUCAAGAUGUUGUCUUUCGAUAUAGUUGGACAAUAAACAUCUUCAUACAGUUUCAUACUGCAGCAGCUGAAUAUUCGGAUGUGGUUGGUUUUGCUUUCGGUUUUCUGGAACUAAUACGUCGAUUUUCUUGGAAUUUUUUCCGCCUAGAAAAUGAACAUUUAAAUAAUUGCGGUCGAUAUCGUGCGAUUCGAGAUAUUUCGAUCAAACCCAUCGGUUCCGGCGUAGAUUUCACACUAUUCGAUUCAAAAUCACGCAAGAAAUCCCGUGUACGAAGUCGCCUGCAAUCCGCGAGAUGUGAAACAAUUGCUGAAGAAAGUAGUAUCACACCCGGUGAUGAUCUGGAAACAAGCAUUGCAAAUUUUGUUCAAAAUCAAAUGUCCGCAUCGCGCUCUUCGACAAUAGUCGAAGCAAAUGUGGUUCAUACAACAUCGAAAAAUGCAUCAUUUCGAAGGUGUUAUUCCCUUUCAUCUCUGGAUAAUUAUUCACACACACGACGAACUAGAAAAAUGACUAUUAUAAAUUAA